AUGUGCAAUUUCCCCAGUGUCUCAUUCUCCUUGUGUGUAGGGUUUUUGGGCCGGCUUUAUAACUCACUGGUGAUCAGGCACACAGAAUUGUCCCCAGAGCUGGUGGAGGAGGGUCUAAUCAGAGCCUGCGCUGAGACUACUGGGAAAGAGAAUCGACUUUGUUAUUACCUGGGAGCUUCCAGUGAUGCUGCAGCCAAAGUGACAGGUGAGGUGAGCCGCCCCCUCAGUGCACAUGUUCCUGUCUGCAAAAUCUGCCAGAGACUUCAGCGCAGGGACGGCCAGAUCUGCGAGCUCAGAUAUGAGCAUCCUGUUCUCGACUGGAGCAGGGACGCUUUGUCUAAAAUGCGAGUGUUGGAGCUGAAGAGAGUCUUGGUUGGGGGGGAGGAGUGCAGAGCCUGUCUGGAGAAGAGUGAAUUUAUUGAUCUCAUCCAGGAGGUGGCCCCCAAACACAGCACAGCACAGCAAAGAACACACUCGGAAGAGUUCUGAGGGCCUCCUUGUGCAGCUCUGUGCUGGGGAGACAGAGCUCUGAUGAGAGGGCCUCCUUGUGCAGCUUCAUGCUGGGGACAUACUGCAGUGAUGGGAGGGGCUGCACGUGCAGCUGCGCUCAGGGACACUUUUGAUAUUGCUCUGAGACUCCUUACUUAUAAUGCUUUUCAUAAUAUUAGUUACGAUUAGCCAUGUGCAAUUUCCCCAGUGUCUCAUUCUCCUGUACCACUGUAAGCAUUUUCUCCCGCACAC